CUGCUGUACCAUUCGUAGUCUCUGCACUUUGCGCUGCACUUGAGGUUGGACUAGAACCGUCUGCAAUUGCAAAAAAGUAUCUAAAGGUAUAUUUUGCAACAAAGAGGACGAUGGCAACAUCCGUGAAAUUGAACACCGGUGCAGACAUGCCCAUUGUCGGUCUCGGGACGUGGAAGUCCCCUCCAGGUAAAGUAACUGAUGCGGUGAAGGCGGCCAUAGCUGCAGGCUAUAGGCACAUCGAUGGGGCCUUCAUCUACCAGAACGAGACAGAGGUGGGAGAGGGCAUUCAUGUCAUGGUCAAGGAGGGGGUGGUGAAGAGAGAGGAACUGUUCGUGGUCAGCAAGCUGUGGUGCACAUUCCAUGGGAAGUCUAUGGUGAAAGAAGGCUGUCGGAAGACUCUCUGUGAUCUGAAACUGGACUACCUGGAUCUUUACCUGAUACACUGGCCCAUGGGCUUCCAGCCGGGAGAGGACCUCUUCCCUACGGACAGCAAUGGAAAUAAUAUCGACGAUGGCUCCAAAUUCCUGGAGACAUGGGAGGCUAUGGAGGAGCUGGUGGAUGCUGGACUGGUCAAGGCUAUCGGUGUCUCCAACUUUAACAAAGACCAGAUUGAAUCCAUCCUGAACAAGCCAGGCCUCAAGUAUAAACCUGCCAACAACCAGGUUGAAUGCCACCCCUAUCUGAACCAGGAGAAGUUGAUCAGCUACUGUCACUCUAAGGGCAUCUCUGUGACAGCCUACAGCCCCCUGGGUUCCCCAGACAGACCAUGGGCCAAACCAGAGGACCCUUCUCUGCUGGAGGAUCCCAACAUCAAGGCCAUUGCUGAGAAGCACAAGAAGACCUCUGCCCAGGUCCUGAUCCGCUUCCAUAUCCAACGGAACACGAUUGUGAUUCCCAAGUCUAUCACCCCCACACGUAUCCAGGAGAAUUUCCAGGUGUUUGACUUUGUGUUGAGCGACGAGGAAAUGAAGACCAUUCUGGGCUUCAACAGGAACUGGAGAGUCUGCCCAAUGACAGGGAGCAUGAAGCACAAGGACUACCCCUUCAAUGCUGAAUUUUAAGGAAAGUUACAUCUGGUGCUAUGACUUGGUUGAGAUGUCUGUCCUCUCUCUGUUUAGAUUCCUUAUUAUUUCUCCCUUUAAGACAAUAUGCAUAAAUAGCCAUCCUUGAGCUAGUUUCUAGCGAUUGACUGAUUUAGUAUCUGUGUGUUUCAGUAUUGUAUUUCUCAUGACAUAUACACUCUGACCUAUGUUAUAGCAUGCUAACCUAGCAUAAUGCACAAUGGUAAUGGUAGGAUUGAAAAAAGCUUGAGGGUUUGGUAGGAAAUCUGGAGCCUAGGAUCUGCUAACGCACAGUAGGGUGUUUGUGGCUUCUCACAUGACCUAGUUUGUUUGUCUCUUUCGAUUUGAGUCUCCAAUGGUCUCUCUCAAACUUUUUCAUCCACAUUUACAGGCCAUACAUUACCAAUAUGACUUUAUAGAAUUGAUGUUAACCAUAGGAAUUCAUAGUUUAACCAUAGGAGCUGGGUAUGUCAUACCUGGUCUUACUGAAGUAAGUUACAGAAAUACCACAAUGGUACAUGGACAUUGUAUGUGAUGUACAGUAUUACAUAUCAACUGUGAGAUUUUUCAUUUAAAUCCAUCUGUUUUUGUUUCAGGGAUAAAAACAGCCAACGAGUAGAAAAUUGGCAUAUAGACAUAGUAUAGACAUAGCUUAUCCAAAUAGUACAUUGACCUAUAUGCAUUAAGAUAUUUUGUUGAACACUCCCUUCCAUCAAAUUCCUACUCAUAGGAGCCGUUUUCCCUAGAAAUAGUCAUCCACACUCCUUGCCUAACAGGAUAAAGCACUUCUACCCAUUGACUGACUCAUGAUGUGGGUUGAGACUGUUGUGAAAUUCCCAGUUCCCUUUUGUGAAAGGUUAAAUACAUUUAUUUUUUACCAAUAAAGCUUUCUUUGCUCCAGUCAUUGUGCAGUUGAUAAGAAAAUAUUCAUAUAUCAUGGUUAGCAGUUUAAAUAUAUCGAAAUACAUGACAUCUUAGUGCAGAACAUCAAUAAAUUCUGGAAUUAAUCACA